AUGGACGCUGGGGACGCCAUGGAGAGGGGCGACCGCGCGCCGCUCCUGCCAGAGAGCCACGGCCCAAAGAUUCCUCAGGACGACAGCCUGCAAGUGCCACUGUUGAAGGACAAAAACCGUGCCGGCAGCAAGGCACCAGCGGUUGUUCUUGAGAGACAAAAAGCGUGUUUAGAGGAGAUCACCAUCGCGUGGCAGCUCCCGCAGUACUUCUUCAUGGCCGGCGCGGAGGUGUUCUGCUACAUCGCGCAGCUGGAGUUCUUCUACGCUGAGGCGCCGGACACAAUGAAGAGCACGUGCACGUCGCUCUCGCUGCUCACCAUCGCGCUGGGCAGCUACAUGAGCUCGUUCAUCUAG